CAUCGCACGAGUUUCAAAGUGUUUAUAAACAAAUUGGUUUCGUAAAAAGUUUCUCAGUUUAUUUUUAUAUAUUUGGGUUCUUAACGUUUUAAUAAAACACCGGAAAAUGUCUGCUGCAUUUAAACUGGCGAAGAAAAAAUAUACGCAACAAGAUCUGCGUAGGAUUAUGAGCGAAACUAAAGCCACGGGUGGAAAAACACAAACCAGCUCACAAACCAAUCGGAUCGAUUCUCCGCUUGCAAAGUACAACGAAUCUGGACAGCUGACUUGUGCUUUGUGUCGAUCAGUGGUGCGUUCGGAAGCUGUCUGGAAAGUGCACAUCAAUUCAAAGCAACAUCGAGAAAAUAUCGAAGAGGCUAAAAAGCUGAAAGAGAAAAUAGGAUCUCAACCGGCACCUGUAAGUUCAAAUCCUCAACAACAGGAUGCAACAUCACUUCAAGGCUCGUUCAAAAGGCCAUCAUCUCCAAACGCACAUGAUGCCGAAAAGAAUAAGAAAGUAAAAGGAAUUUUGAAAAAUUAUGCCGUUCCAAAUGAAACCAACAAAACGGACCUUCCUUCUGAUUUCUUUGAUUCAGGAAGUAAAAUAAACAAAAACCUAGUUAACUUAAAACUUCCUUCUGCCAGCAGCGCUAAUCAGUUGCCAAAAGACUUGAAAGAUCCACCGGAAGGGCUCAAGCCUGCAGAUGAAGGCCAACCACAGGAACCGGAAGCAGAACUGCCGGAAGGAUUCUUCGAUGAUCCGAAAGCCGAUGCUAAAGCGCGAAACAUUGAAUACCGGGACCCCAACGACGAGGAGUGGGAACGUUUUCAGAAGGAAAUUAAAGAGGCCACCACCGAAUCGAUGGCCAUUAUCAAUGAAGAGCAAGAAGAAUCCACGACCGAGCGUCAAAUUAGCGAAAUAGACGAGCAAAUUAGAAACUGGUCCCGGGUGCUAGAUUUGGAGCGGAAAAAGGAUGAGGUACGCAGGAAGACGUUGCAUUCUAUGGAGGCGGGCGAACGAAUGGUCGUCGAGGUAAAGAAAGAGGAAGCCGGUAAUAGCGAUGAGGAUGAUGACGAUGGUCAAGAUUUUGAGGAGUUUCCCGAUUGGAGAGCAAAAAAGUCUUUCAAAUAGUCAAGCAAGUAAAGGAGAAACCUUGUUUAUAAAUAACUUCGUUAUAGAAACUGAAUCUAAUUUUCAUUCUACCUUA